AUGACGGUCAGAUACGGCGUGAUUCCACAUGAGGGUAACCCCGCAGCUGCGUUCGACAUGUUCAAGGAGCUGGCAGACGGCCCUGUGGAUGCCGUAACCGUGCAGUGCUGGUACGAGAUGGGCAAAAUACGCCUCUUCGGAUUCGACUCGUUCUACUUCUGGAGGAAGCGUGACGCAGCUGAGGCAAAGGAACUCUUCAAAAAGGCUGCCGACCGCAACCACGCCCCAGCGCAGUUCUACCUGAGCUUCGUGUACACUUUUGAUGACGCCGGGUCGUUUGGACGGGACGCUCAAAAAGCCGCCACGUACCUCAGGAGGGCCGCAGCCCUCAACUACGUGCCGGCAAUACUGACUCUCGCUUACAGGUCGCUUUACGGCAUGGGAUGUGCCAAAGACGUCAAAGCGGCAACAGUGCUGUACAAAAAGGCGUUCAGACUCAGUCGGCGGAAGAGUGAUGCUCUGACCUACAUGACACCCGCUGACGACUUCGUGCUGGACGAAAACGGCGUUGCGGCGUUCAAAAGGGCGGCAGCAAACACCUCGCAGAACGAGGAGAAGCAAAAAAAGGAGGCUCUUAGGUACUGGGAAUCUAAGGCAGCCGAAGGGGAUGGCCUGGCAAUGUACGAGAUGGGCAAGCUGAUGGAGGACGAGCCUGCAGCAGAGACUACAGUCGCCCAGCUCUAUAGGCAAGCUAGCGAGAACGGCGUUGUGGCUGCAACCAGAGACCUGGGUGUAUGCUACAUGAACGGAAUUGGCGUGCCGCAAAAUGCCGAGAAGGCCGUGCAGUACCUGACGGCAGCCGCCGAGCAGGGCGACCACGAGGCGGCCAAGUACCUCGGUUACCUAUACUACACCGGCAUAGAGAGACCGCAGGAGGGCAAGCCAGUCAAGCGCAAUGACGAGCUGGCCGCUAAAUACUUCUCGGAGGCGGCGAAGCACGAGGUGCCGGAGGCCAUGUACUUCAUGGGCGAGAUCCUCUCCAGAAGGGGAAAGGCGGUCAUCGGCCCAAGGCCGCAGAAGCAACUGGCCAAGGCUUUGGCCAUGUACCGCGCUGCGGCAGAUUACGGCCUCAUGCAUGCGUUGUCCAGGGAGGCAGAGAUGAUGGAACGUGGAAGCGGUGUCAAGCAGAAUCCCACCAGGGUCGCCAUGAUAUACAAAGCGCUCGCAGAAGGCCCUUUCGCAAGCGCUACAAUCACGGACAGCUUCUACGCCUAUGUAAAAGGGGACUACCUGAACGCCUUCCUCUUCAAUGCGCUGGCCGCAUUCGCUGGAGUCCAGGUUGCGCAGCUCAACCUCGGCCACCUGUUCGUGAAGGGCAGGGGCUUGAAACACCUGGCAGGCGCCAGAAACGUUGCCAAAAGCGCGUUAUCGCAGUGCUUCAUGCAGGGAGACCCUAGGGCUUUACGGCUGCUGGGUAUUAUCGCAGAACGGGAUGGGCAGCACAACGUAGCGGCGGAGCUCUACACCAAGGGUUUCAAGGGCGGCGACAUCGAAUGCUUGGACCCUCUGGCCAACUUGAUGGCGUCGCAGAGGGCUACGUGGAGGAAGGCAAUUGCGCUGCUCGAACACAAGCAGUACCGCAGAGCCCGCAACACCGAUGGCACCCCUCCAGGGGUCCACCGCACCCUGGACGGUAUGAAGACCUGGUGGCGCAUCAAGACGCUGAAAGCCAAGCGCGCGAUCGCGAAAUACACGACUCGCGAUCCGGAUGAAUUGUAG